AUGGAAGGUUCCGAAAUCAAAGUGAGGACUAUAUUUUAAAAAACAGAUGUGAUUCUGCAUCGACAAGCUCAGAUAUGGAACUGUGUUCGUCCGGGUGGCUGGUCCACUUGGUCGAGGUGGUCGAAAUGUAGAGAAGGAGUGAGGAAGAGGCGCAGAACUUGCAACAAUCCACAGCCAAUUGUUAAGUACAGAAAAAUGAUUACUAUAAUCCAUUGAGGACUUUUUAGGAACAACCUGCUUAGGCCAAAGAGUCGAGAAGCAGAAAUGCGUUCCUUCGCCUUCCGUUCCCGAAUUUCUCUUCGGAACUUGGACGGACUGGAAUCCAUGGUCUCGCUGUAAUUGUGACCGUAAUCAGAGAAUACGGUAAUGAAGCAUACAGUACCCAUAACUAUCGUCUCAAUUCAGAACACGUCACUGUCGAGGAACUGCCUGUGAAGGAUGUGAGAAGCAGCAAGAGGAGUGCUUGCCAGAAGAGUGCCCGAUCAGCAAAAAAUGGUCGAAAUGGACUGACUGGACAGAUUACGGUAGGUCUGGAUGCAAAAGAGAUGAUGCCACGUGGAUUGCAGGAACGGAUCAAGUCCGAUAUUCCGCCUGGUGUUCAUCGCCGAAUGUGGCCUCAGUGGAUAUGGGAUUCCGGAGAGAACAAAGAGAAUCCACGCGACAUGGUGAGAUAUUCAAUGUAG